AAUGUAACUCUCCAUGUUAUCAAUGGAAAGAAGUUAUUGUGAAUGUGAAAAACCCCUUUCCAAGUGGUGGGGAUUUUCGUGUCAUUCUUGUGGAAUCCACAACACUUAUGUAUUUGCCAGCACAAGUAACUAGACCUUCAAAGGCCUCUGGGAUGCCUGAUCGCAUUAGGAGUAAUGACUAUGCUACUGAUCGCAGUUCUUCCAAUGUUGAAAAUGGCUUAAGAACAUCCAUUAAGUCUAACUUCAUCAGAGAAUUCUUCUGUUCAAUACAAACACUUUCCCUGGGACCAAAAGCAUCUUCAAGCCUGGAGGUUUACUAUCUUCCCUUUGACAUGCACAUUCGCUAUUGCGCCAUCAUCCUAAGCAACAAAGAGAUCGGAGAUUUGAUAUAUAUUAUAGAAGGAAAAGGUUUGAUACCCUUGCCUUCCAAUUUCCUUCCAAUGAAGCCUCCAAGUCCAAUUGACUACAGCAUUUCUCUAGAAGAAAACCACAGUCAGGUCCUCCUGACUGCCCAUAGCCGGGCUCUCCCGACUGCUCUCCACCCGUGGAACGUCUUCCAGGGCUGCAGUUUGUGGGCUCGGGGCGUCCCUGCUUCCGCAGCCAGAGGAUCCUUAUGGACCACAGAGGCGGCUGCACAGAGUGGGAUUACAAUCCACUCUCCUAUCACAGACCAGUACCAAGACACAUAUAUACACAGAGCGGUGCCACACUCUCACAUUCAAGACUCACACUAA